CUCAGCCAAGUACGAGAAGGACGUGAGUACUGGGAAUGGGAAUGGGCAUGUUACGCUCAUUAAAUACAAUUUACUCCACAUGUAGACAUGCCUUGUUGAAGAAUGGAAAGUCAUUCCAUUCCUCGACGCGUCUUUUGGCAAUUAGCAAGUUUAACAUGCCUGCACUGUCUCCUACAAUGGAGACAGGUACUGUCGCAAAGUGGAGACUGAAGGAGGGAGACGCCUAUGCGACUGGUGAUGUUAUUCUGGAAAUUGAAACUGACAAGGCAACUAUGGACGUGGAAGCUCCUGAUGAUGGUGUUCUUGCAAAGAUCACAGUUAAAGAAGGACAGGCUGUUCCUGUUGGUGCGCAGAUUGCCAUUAUCGCAGACGAUGCCGCUGAUUUGGAGGGUGCGGACUUGUCAAAGUACGAGUCCGAAGAUGCUGCUCCUAAAAAGAAGGAAGAGUCUCAAAAGACUGAGGCCAAGUCUGCUCCUGCUACCCCCGUCACUGCAGGAGCUCGUGAGAAUUCACAGGUUUCGGCUGUAGCUAAGGAGAGUAAUGCUCACAUUCAAUUUCCUUCUGUUCAUCUUUUGCUCAAGCAGAAUAAUGUUACCGAUCCUUCUGUGAUUGCUCCUACGGGUCCUCAUGGUAUUUUGCUGAAGGGCGAUGUCCUUGCUUAUCUUGGAAAGAUUUCCAAGCAGGCACCUGUGGACAUCGAGAAGGUGGUGCAUUCCAUGGAGGUGUUGGAUUUGAGCAACGUCAAACCUGCCGCUCCCGCGGUUGCUAACAAGCCUGCCGCUGAGGAAACACAAAAGACGGAGAAGAAGGCUGCUCCAAAGCCCGAGCUCAUCCCUCCUUCUACCGUCGAAACGACUGUAAACGUGCAGCAACUGGGAGCUCUUUUGGACAAGUUGCAAGGUCUCAGUCUUCAAUUUCCACUCCAGCGUGUUGUUGAAAAGGCCUGCAAAAAUGCAUUGGAACGUUCCAAUGUAUAUGUUCCAAAGUCUAAAAUCCUUGACGAUAUGUUUGAUUUCUUGGUUGGUUCCAAGUCGACAGCGUUCGCGGCUGACAGCGGUAAACCCUUGGCUUUUGAGCCAAAGCUUUCUGCUCAGAAGUUCGUCGAAAAGCAAUCAAAGGGCGCAAACAAAUUGGUAUCUGCUUUGGACGGAGCCAUCAUUUCGAUGCCUUCUACAAUUGCUAAGUACGCUUCCGUAGGUGUUGCUCAACCCAAGGCUGCCUCAACUACUACGAAAGAUGUUGCUGACUCUUCUGCUCAAACAAUCGACUCUAUUUAUGACUUUUUGUUCGACACAUCCUCGUCUACCCACUCCUCUUCUGCAGCAAACACAACUGCUCAAUCACAAACUCCCAAGGACGCCGUUACGGUGUCGAUUACCUUCGACACCGAGUAUGUUGAUGCCAAGCGCGCGCAAAAGUUCCUCGAUGUUUUCAAAUCCGGUUUGGAAAAUCCUGAAACUGUUAUUUUUUGAUUGCCGCGUCCUUCAAUACCGUUUGCAUAAAUUAUUGAAACAAUAUUUUCCAACCAUAGUACAAGUGCUAAUAAAUUGCUGCAGCCUUUUGCAGGACGAAAUGUCGCAGGGAUUAUAGACACUCCUUAAACUGCGGUUACUACAAACAUUUACAGAUAUUUAAAGAACUUGUUUAUAGGUAUGGGAAACAACAAACCAAAAAGUAGACGCCUACAAAUGCAAUGUAGAAUGAGUCAGUGGAAGCCUGCUGAAGGAAUGCAAUGUAAAAAAAAGAGCGUAAGACGCUG